ACAGAAAACCUGCUGCAUCAGAUAUCUCCUUCUUUUCUGUACAGCUUGUUUUUCUUUCCAUCGAUUAAUUAAAAUAUAGUUGGAUUAUUACCCUUUUUCUUCCUUGAAUAUAUGUACUGCUGGAGAUGUCGCAGAAAAGAAAACUCAUUGAAGAGAGCGAUAGCGGCGGAGAAGGCGAGAUGAUGGAUUAUGAUGAGAAUAAUAACGGUCUACUUCUUUUUAAAUUUUCCUGGUAGUGUUUAGUUUGCUGACAUAUAGUAGGCCUUGUUGCCCCCUCCAAGAGAAGGAUAUUCAGCGUCCCUAAUGAAUCCAGUUCCACUUGGUUCGAAGAAAUGUUCCUGGGAGGAGAUGGUGAAGAAACAAGAAGUGGCCGCGAGUGUAACUGGGGAAGUGGGGUCUCGGGGACAUCCCUAGCUAUCCCGGAAGCACUGGAACGGGGAGGUGAGGUUGGAGGCUUGACUUAUUAUACUGAAAGUAUAUUUCUCCCCAACCCAAGCUCAAACCCUUUCCAAAGUUUCCCAUUUGCCAACGGCUCACGGUUGAUAUAGGUUUUGGAACAAGAGACAAGAGGCGGAGAGACGUUGACCUUGACGAACUCCUCUGCUCACCCCCCUCAAAGAAGCUUGACCAAUUGGGUCUCGAAACGGACGACUCCGGAUCCGAAACUGGAUCCGAUGAAGUCUCUGAAAAUAUAUGCAAUUUUUCCAAUCCGUUCGCUCAGCCUGUGAGAAAGAUCUACUUAUCACCCGAUCGCUAUGCUGAGUACAUUGCCAAGAUCGAAAAAGAGGAGCAGCACAAGAAACGCAUUGAAGCUGCGAAGAAGCACAAGCCGUGGGAACUGAGAACAAGGAGCGAAAGGGGGCCGCGCGCAGGACGCUCUGACGAGUUCGCCACCGAGGAAGAAGCUCAAUACGCGGAAAAUAUCAUGCGGGCGGCAGCGCGCCACAGACUUGAAACAUGGCAUCGCGAAAGGCACGAGAUGUGGGGCCUUAAGCCGAUCCAAGAUCCGGUCCAGGAUUCAGAAGAGGAUUCAGAAGAGGAGGAAGACGAGGAGGAAGACGAGGAAGACGAGGGCAUGCAAACCGACGAGAAAUCUGACUGUGGGUCCCCCCCAUCGGAUUUAGAGACUCUCCUCGACGCCCCCUCCAUCUGCCAGGAAGACAUGAAAGACGAGGCAACAAUCGAGGAAGUACUAGAAGGGCUACCGGGCCGGUUGGACCCUUGCUUCAACAACCCAGCCGACACCAUCUUCCUCCCCCGCAUUCCCAAAUUCACUGAGGUGGCCUUCUCGCUGGAAUUCCGUCUGGGGUACACUAGGAAACAGGUGCGUUGGCUCAUGGGGGGCGCACGCUCCGGUCGUGGAGAAGUCCCAUCGUCCAACACUCUCGCAAUGCGCAUAAAACGUUACAUGGACAGAAACGGCCUCGCGGAUACUAUCAAGUUGGCACCGGCCACGGCGGCUGCCAAGGAAUCGAACACAUCUCGUUCGACGGGAAAGCCCUCCCCCAACUCCGACAGCGACGACGACGACGACAGCGGGGGAAGGUCCUACGAUCGUGUAGGGGAGCCGCGCCCCUUGCUACCCCAUGGACCCCGAAUACCGCGUCCGGAGCUUGGUGUGCAUGGGUGGGUCUGGGAUCAUCCGCACGAAGAAGUGCAAAACCUCCGGAAGAACCCCUACUACUACUACUAAUGUUAUCGAUAAAAAAACAUUUCUCCCCCUCACCCUACGGCUAUUUUAUUUUUUUCCUUCCCCCUCCCCAAAAAAAAAACAUAUCCCCUCUCUCACCCGGAACCGGAAAAACUCCCCUAUGGCAAACUCACCGAAAUCUCACCAAACAUCUAUCUAAACCCCUCCAGGUAAGAAAGCGCACACCCCAAUCAAACUUACAAAAAAAGUCUCAAACUGAUAACGGAUAGAUCACAGUGAAGUCACUGGUGGAGGACAUGUGGUCGCCAUACGCCGUACCCAUUUUUUUUCUUUUUUCUUGUUUUUAUACUUCUUUUUAAAAUACGCCUUAUGUAUGUAUCAAGUUUUAAUUGGUGCGCACCCUCCCAAAACCAUAUAUAUACGGGAAGGCAGUACAUAAUAACCAAAUAAAAUCUCCACUCUUCAAAUUUAUAUACUUCUAGCUAGAUAGAUAGUAGAGGGAGGGAAGGGGAGAGCAGCCGGGGGAGAACCAUAAUAAUAACGCCGAGGAGCGCUAACUUACAUCUUGGAGGAAUGGAUGAACGCCAGCGGCGAUUGAGGAUACUAUUUGGUCAUCCCAUGACGAUGUCGGACAUGGUGAGA